UUGCUGCUUGUUUUGUGUUUUAUGUGUGUAAAAGAGCGUUAGUGGCAUAAAAAUACAACUCCCAGCAUGCACUCGACCCAGGUGCAGAUCCAAGCUCAUGGGUCGCUGCCUUGGAGCUGCUCACCAACGCCGCUUCACGUAGCGGUUUGAUUCAGAGGAGAAAUGGCUGCAGCGUUGUCCCGUGCCCUCAAACUGCCCGGGAAGAAGGGCUCGGAGCUCGGAGAGUACGACCCUCUGACCCAGGCGGCCAGUGAGGACGAGAGUGAAGAGGACGACCUCGUACUCAACUACCCCAGAAAUGGUCUUGGCAGGGACGGCUGCCUCGGUGCGGCCUCCUCAAAGUUGCGCGGCGGCAGGUCCAGAAGACUCGAUGAAGAGCAGGACGACGACGAGGACGAGGAGGAAGAGCAGGAGGAAUGGAGGGAGCGCCUCCACGGCAAACCCCGACACGACAGAGACGACAUGAUGGGCACGCAGUACUGGAGUCAGAGGGACUCUGGGAGGGACAGGAGGGCCGGGGAGGAGAGGAGAGGGUCCGGUCCACUAGGUGGCACCGUGCUGGGGGGUCACGGCCCCGAUGCAGAAGAAAAGGCGGCGAGGAGGAGGAACAUGGUCCGAAGUGCAUUUUUCCUGGUGCCUCUGGUUUGUGCCACUCUGGUGGUGCUGUUCUGUGCUUUCCUGAUCCCCUGUCAGAAGAAAGAGCCGAAGCCUCAGUGGGAGAGAGCACUGGGAGACGCAGGAGGUGUGACUCCACCUGCACUGGCACUGUGGGACGUGGACGGUGACUCGGUGGAGGAUGUGUUCCUCAGCGUCGCCGAGUGGACGAACGACACCCACAUGACACCCAGGAGCAAAGUUUACAGUGCGGUGGCGCUGUCUGCUGUGACCGGUCAAGUGCUCUGGAAGAAAUUCAUGUCUGAGUCAGUGAUGUCCAUCCAGUGUGGGCUGCAGUACAGCUCCCAGCCUCUACCCGUGUGUCUUCUCAUCAGCAAGUCCGUCAUCAUGGCGGUCAACGGCACCACGGGAAAGAAUUUGUCUUCAGUCCAACUGAAGAACAUCGAAUCCCAGGCAGUGUUACUUCCAGACCUGCAGGGGGACUCGGUGCCAGAUCUGCUCAUCGCCACUUUGCCUGCCAACGAGGCUUUGGAUCUCUCUCUGACUUUGAUCUCUGGCCUGACGGGGGCGCAGCUGGGACGUCCUGUGCCAUUUAACCUGACCGGACAAGGGAAACUGAUCGGACCUCUGCUGCAUCAGACACAGAAGGGGGCGUACUACAUUCUCUUUGGACUAGGUAACGUAGAGGCCGUCUCUCUGAGGGAUGUUUACAUCCGAGCCACUGACAGGAUUCCUGUAACACAAGCUCUGAGGAUAAAGGAUCCAAAGUGGGAGGAACUCAGGAAAAAUAACUCCUCCAAACUCAUUGACAUUUACAGAGGAUCUGAGCACGUGGAGUUCAUGCUCCCCCUUGUGGCCGGUUUUGGCGACAACCACAACAGUUUGGACACGGUCUCCAACCUGAACUCCAGCAGGAGCGACUGGAUUCUGGUGUCGGGUUCCAGUAAAGUGUCAGUGCUAACAGUCCUGAGACAGAGAGACAUGCGUAAAAGAUGGAUCUUCAACUCAGGUCCGAUCCACAGCCAACCAGCCCCGGGUCACUUCAAUGACGACGGGAUCCUGGAUCUGUUUUUUCAACACUCGGCCAAUGGAGUCAUGGAGGCUCAGGUGGUAGACGGGGCAAAAGGGGACCUUCUCUGGUCGGCAGAAUUUGUGUGCCCCCGUCUCGUUUUGCAAACGUCUACCAUUUCCACCUACACUGGCCAAUCAGCGUUCCUCUUUUGGGCCAGUGAACCAAUCAGUGCACAGAAGAAUGUUACCAAGACGACGGCGCCACCAGGUGUCGCUGCACCGGAGCCUCUCAUCAGAAAACUCUUCCUGCUGCACCCUACAUAUCCCACAAUCCUGCUGGAGCUAACCUCGACCACAGACACGGCAGUCACCUCCGCAGUCAGUUACCAGGAGAAUCAGAAAGAUGCCUCCUACAUCACCGUAUCCUCCAGACCUACACCCGACUCCCAGCCCAGCACUCGCAUAGUGAAGAGCAUGAGUCUCAAAGCCGCCAUCGCCAAAGGAACAAUCGUUCUUCUCGGCGAAAACAGCCAACCGGGGAAAGCCAAUAAACCGGACGUGUUUGAGGUCAACAAGUUCUUUAGACGCCUGUCCUUCAAACGUCAGUGACCAGCUGCCACUGCUGCUACGCCCCCUAGUCACAGACGUGGUACGACUUCAAGAAGCACAUCUAAGAAUUAAAAGGGAUUAAUUAGCUCUGCACAACUAGGCACCAAGAAUCCACCUGAGGACGUUUACAUCCAACCGUCCCUGGUGUUUGGACUUCUUUCUUUUUCAGUUUACUCUGCUGUGAAGCGUUCCCGUGUGUUUAGUAUUUGUGUUUGUGUCGUUUUGGUUGAGACUGUUUGUACACUGAGAUCUUAUUUAAUAAUUAUUUAACUUACAGAUGAUUGCAAACAGACUUGAUUGUCAAUAAUCCUGUAGACUUGACGAGGGAAGAACAUUCAUCUGUGUUGACACAGAAUAAUCAGUGUCACAAAAACCACUUCACAGUGUUGGUACGACUGUUGGAACUGCUGCUGGGAUCAACGCAUGUUUACUAUUCAUUUCCAGGUUUCUUUACAGCAGUUUUUAUUUCACUGCUGUAGUUGUCAUAGCAACGUAGCUGUCAUGGAAACCGCUCUCUUUCGCCCAACUGUCCCACAGUCAUUUUAAUUUAGUGACGUGCCGUAUAAGGAGCCUGUAAAUAUUUGAUGAUGUACAGUAUUUAUUCAUUUGUUGUAUUUGAUUUAGUAUUUUUUUUCAUAAACCACUGCUUUUGUUUCCCUCCGAAAACGUGAAUGCUAAGAAUUUAGCCAUUUUAAUGGACGAUGCUAACUGAAACAUUGUAAAGAAAUCAUGAAAAUCAC